AUGGCAUCCCUUCUGAAAUGGGCAGAUACCGCUAUCCGAAGAGCACCAUCUCCACCCCUACGCUUCGCUAGCACCGAAUUUGAUUUAAUCAAUGAUGCCCAAACGUUUGAAGAAGAACAGUUUGGUUGCUUCAAGAAAGUCCUCGGAAAGCUUAGAUACGGUGUAUCAGCUACCGUUUGGCUGGGUCGUGAUCUUCAAGCGCAUAAGCAUGUUGCCCUUAAAGCUUAUAUUCGUGAUGGAGGCCCACUAGACAAGGGCAAUCAUUCGCAUCCUGGCUAUUCCCAUAUCAAAAUUGCAUUGGAAACUUUCACAAUACCUCGCCCUAAUGGCGACCAUAUUUGCCUUGUACAGAAGUCGAUGUGGGAAAGUUUCAAAGAUCUUAGAUAUCGGAUUUCAAAUGGCCUUUUCACGGACGUACACCUUAAAGGCGCUCUCAAACAAUUAUUCCUGGCACUAGACUAUCUGCACACAGAGUGUAAACUCGUUCAUACAGAUAUCAAAGCCGACAAUAUACUUUCCCAGAUAGAAGAUGAAUCUAUCCUUGAUGCUUUCACUGCGGCGGAAAUGGAACGUCCUUCCCCACGAACAUUGGUCAAUGGCGUGACAAUCUAUGCCUCAAGACAGCUGAAAGCUCCAAAAUUCUUCGGUGACUCUGUUCUGAGCGAUUUUGAUUCCGCGGUACAAGGUGAUCUAAAAAGAAAUCACAAUGCGGGACCCCAGAUCUACAGAGUCAUUAUGAUCCUCCACUUACGUUUUUGUUUAUCCAAAAGCCUAUAUCUCAAAACAUUUCGCAACGGCUCUCGUCGCAUGAAACUUUGGAGAGAUCAUGCUGAUUUCUUAAUAGGCGCCUGGAGUUAUCCUGUCAAUAUAUGGAAUGUAGGUGUUAUGAUAUGGGAUUUAUUUGAGGGCAAGCAUAUGUUCCAUGGCAAAGAUCCUGAUGGGAAAGGCUACUCCACUCGCGCGCAUCUAGCGGAAGUUAUUGGGAUGCUAGGCCCUCCUCCGCUAGAUCUACUUGAGAAAGGAGUACGCGCUUCUGAAUUUUUCGAUAAAGAAGGCAAAUGGAUAGCAGAGGUGCCUAUUCCGCAAGGCAUGAAUUUGGAGAAGUCCGAGAUGCGUCUUGAGGGCAAGAACAAAGAAGUCUUUUUGCAAAUGAUGCGUAGAAUACUUCAAUGGCAUCCUGAAGACAGAAAACGGCAAAACAGAUGCUUGAGGAACCCUGGAUUAACCAAAUGA